AUGGUCCUGAUUCAUAUUAAGAAAACUGAUCUCAACCAAUUUAUCUAUGAAGCUUCCAGAGGUACUCCUAUUGCCCAGCUCAUUCAAGAUAUCGUAGAAAGUAAGAGACCAUUAGGUUAACAACUUAAGAGUAAAAGUAGAUCGAGCUGCACAUUUCAUUGAAGAACUUGUCAAAGCGGGGCCACUUAAACCUGAAGAAACUAGAGGUCUAGCAGAAGGCGAAAACUCCACAGAGCCAGACCUGCCUGGGCACAGAUUCUGUGUUGACGAAACCCAUUAUCGAACUGGCUGGUGCGUUCCAGAAGACCUUGGAAUCAGAAUUUUCGAAACAACUCAGGCCGCCAAAAGACUAAUUCACAAAACUAACGCUGAAAGGAGAAUUCCACUGACAAGGAAUCAGCUACUAGAAGCUUUAGACUUAAUGAAAGGCGCUGUAAUGAUGGCCUAUCCAGCUUAUCAUGGACUUCCACCAUGGGAGCCUGCAAUGUUGGUACUCGAAAGUCCUGAUAUUAAAGAACUUGCACAAGGGGAAGAUAUUUUUGAAGCAGAAAACUCAUCACUUUGGUUUGCUGGGAAAGAAAUGAUGAGAGGAAAAGAUUUAGGAUUUUAUGUAAAAGGAAGUGAAAAUACAAAAAUAAUCGCGAAAAUACAAAAGCAAGGGCAGGGAGCGCCAGCGAGGGAGCCUGUUGUGGAUGCAGAUACUCAGAAAAAUAUGAUUGCGUUUUAUCAUAAAAAGCAGGAAGAAGCGAAAAAGCUGAUGUCAGUAGAUGAAGAUGAGUAUUUAAAUUCUGCUUGGGCUGAUCCAAAGAAUUUGAAGAGACAAUUGAAUGGGACAGGAGAUGUGAGGUGGAGGAUGUAG